GAGAAGCUUGCCGGAGCUGCUCAAUGACAAAUCGGCUGGGGACGGCUGGGGUCCGGCCCCGGGAGGGGGCGGGGCGCGCUUAAGAGCUGCGGGCUGGGCGCGGACGGCCGAGGCGGCGCGGCCAGGGUCCCAGCUCUCCGACUGGCUCUUCUGUCCGCGUGCCGUCACCUGUCGCCUCCGUUAAGCCAGCAGGAUGGCUGCGAACAAGAACAAGGGCCAGAGCUCCCUGGCCCUUCACAAGGUGAUCAUGGUUGGCAGUGGCGGGGUCGGCAAGUCGGCCCUGACGCUCCAGUUCAUGUACGACGAGUUUGUGGAAGACUAUGAGCCCACCAAGGCUGACAGUUACAGGAAGAAGGUGGUCCUGGAUGGGGAGGAGGUGCAGAUCGACAUCCUGGACACUGCUGGGCAGGAGGACUACGCAGCCAUCCGUGACAACUACUUCCGCAGUGGGGAAGGGUUUCUGCUGGUGUUCUCCAUCACCGAACGCGAGGCCUUCACGGCCACGGCUGAGUUCAGGGAACAGAUCCUCCGCGUUAAGGCUGAAGAAGAUAAAAUCCCAUUGCUUGUCGUGGGAAACAAGUCUGACUUGGAGGAGCGGAGGCAAGUGCCCAUUGAGGAGGCCAGGAGUAAAGCGGAGGAGUGGGGCGUGCAGUACGUGGAGACAUCAGCCAAAACGCGGGCCAACGUGGACAAGGUGUUCUUUGACUUAAUGAGAGAAAUCAGAGCAAAGAAGAUGUCAGAAAACAAAGACAAGAAUGGCAAGAAAAGCAGCAAGAACAAGAAAAGUUUUAAAGAAAGAUGCUGCCUGCUGUGAAGGCCGGAUGGUGGGGGAGACCCCUGCCGCCAGAGACACAGGGCUGGGGCGCACGGGAGGCUGUAGCUGGCUUCCGGUGUGCUUCCUGCUCUCCCAACCUUAUUCACCUGUACUUCUUUAAAUGGGGACAAAUAGUCAUGAAUUGGUGGCUGGAAGAAGAAACAAUCCCUUCUCCAUGCAAAGGAGUGGCUGCCUCGCCAGGACUGUGGCGUUCUGUCCUUCCCGAGUCCUGCCCCUUCCUCCAGGGCUGAGCUAGGAUAUAGCUCUAGGUAGGAAACAGUCAAGUGUUCAUUAAAAAGAAAGAGUAUUGUCACAGCAUCUUAUCCCCCACCCAGGUUUUUAACAUUACCCUCUUUUGUUUUGAAAUAAAAUGUUUUAUUUUACUAGGCUUCGGAAGGAGGGUGCUGAGGUAGACCCCCCAACCCUUAUCACUGUAACAAUAGUACUCAGAAAAUCCAUUGGGCUCUCAUGAAACUGAGAUUCUAAGGUUUUUAAAGACAAGUUUCUAGGAGAUAUCCUGCGGAUCUGAAGCAUAGUUAGAAAAGUGAACUUGAAUUGGGCUGGAGAGGUCAACAUCAUGUUUACAAAUCCUCCUCACAUAUGAAAAAUAAAAGUAGCAGGUUGUUUUCUUCAUGUUUAAAUUCUGGCCAUUUAUAGUCUACAUUGUCUAUUUUUCUCCUGCUCUGUCCCGAUUGUUGUGUGGGAACUUUUCUCUUUUUUUGUAGUCUAGGUGAAGACUCAAGAGCAGUACUUUAUGAUGACACGCCUUUCUGAUGGGAUUUCUUGGACGUCUUCUCCAUUUGCAGGCCCCUGUUCUGCACUAUAAUCACGUCCUCGUUGUCUUGAUCACCUUCACUCUGCCUGCAAAGGUCGAGCAAGGCUUCUCUCUCUCUCUUGUCAGUGUCACAAAAAUUCUUCUGGAAAAUGUGAUGAGUUAAAAUCGUAUUCUAAAAUCAUGAAGCCAGAGCCUUCGCUACCUCUCAGAGAAUUGCUCUGUGAUUCUAACUUGAGUUAGAACAACUGGGGAGAGAAGAGAAGCCACUGCCUGGUCACCUCUGAGAAGUGACUGCUGUUUCUAAUGUAAUUCUUGUCUGAAAUAGUCAGGUAGGCAGUUAGAAAAAGAUUUUUAUUGAUGAGCUGUUGUUAAUCUUUCUUACUGUUUCAGUAUUCUAAAUUCAGCAAUCAGAAGAAUUCUCACCAGGAGAGGAGGACUGUGGUUAAAGCCUGGUAUUUUGUGGGUUUCCCCCCAUUUUUCAGAAGUGAACAUUUCAUGUUUUGGUUGCCAAAAGUGAAUUGGAGUGGGGAGAGAGUGGGAGCCUUUGAAAUUUAUAUUAUUACAGAGAUUCGGGAAAUUAUGAUCUGACCCCUGCAAAUCGGUCUUGUAUCACCUCCCAAAGAAUCGUGGGCUUUUUUUGAAUUAAAAAAAAAAGCAAACAAA